AUGCCCCGUCCUAUAAAGAGAGGAGGCUCGAGCAUCAGUCCUCAGUCCUCAGUCACUCAGACCUCGGAGAACCUGCCCCGUGACAACACCUCCAUGGCUCCCUGCUUCGGCUCCGACUCUGGACACCCCGGCCGCUUCCCUGGGAAAGACAACCUCAGAUUGAGGAAGCCCAGGGUGGAGAAGAUGCGACGGGACCGCAUCAACACCUGCAUCGACCAGCUCAAGCUCCUCCUGGAGACGGAGCUCCACCAACAGGAGCCCAACGCCAAGCUGGAGAAGGCUGACGUCCUGGAGAUGACCGUGUGCUUCCUGAGAAGGCAGCUCAUGCGCACGCCCGGAGGCCUGGACCUGCUCUCCUCUGUGGGACCCAGUAGAGAGACCUCCGUCUCUGCCGCUCCUCCUCCUCCUCCUUCUCCCUCCUCGUCUCUCCAUGGUCUCCGGCACCAAGAACAUCAGGGGGAGCUUCUCCUCCUGGCCCAGAGAGACUUCACCUCAUCCUCCUCCUCCAUCAUGUCCUCCAGCAUCUCCUCCACCCACAGACCCACAGGCAGCAGCAAGUCUCUGGUCUGGAGGCCCUGGUAG